AUGGACAUUCAAGUAGAUGACGCAGUUUUACAAAAGGCCAAAGCGCUUCAACAAGCCAGCGAAGAAGAGAUAAAAGUGAAAAAAUUAAAACCACAAUCUAAGGGAUUACUAAGUCCGAAGUGCAACCUCCUUGAGGUAACCGAUACGAGCUGUAGAAGUAGAGUACGAAUCUGUAACGUCUUAAAUGUGCCCAAAAGUGAAAUUGAAUUUAAUGAUUCUUCUAAGAAAAAUAAAUAUAUAGGCCAGAUAAUAACUGUGUGUGGUUGGAGCAAAGCGGUGAGGAAGCAAGGAGGAGGUAGGUUCUGUUUUGUGAAUCUGAAUGAUGGUUCUUGCCAUUUGAAUUUGCAAGUAAUUGUUGAUCAGUCUAUUGACAACUACGAGAAGCUACUAAAGUGUGGAGUUGGGUGCUGUUUCAGAUUCACAGGGGCAUUAAUAUUGUCCCCUGUUCAAAAUGAAGGGAAAAAAGGACUCUUAAAGGAAAAUGUAGAAUUAUCUUUAAAGGAUAAUUCUAUUCACAAUUUUGAAAUAUAUGGAGAAAAUUUAGAUCCUCAAAAAUACCCACUUUCGAAAAAGAACCAUGGAAAAGAAUUUUUACGAGAAGUAGCUCAUUUGAGGCCACGAAGUUAUUUCAUUAGCUCAGUUAUUAGAAUUAGAAACGCCCUUGCCAUUGCUACUCAUUUAUUUUUUCAGAGUAGGGGUUUCCUCUACAUCCACACCCCUUUGAUUACAACUUCUGAUUGUGAGGGAGGUGGGGAGAUGUUCACUGUGACAACCCUUUUGGGGGAAGACGCUGAUUAUAAUGCCAUUCCUCGUGUGAAGAAGUCGGAGAAGGGAGGGAAGAAGCGGGAGGAUGUGCAGGCACAUGGUAAUGCGAACGGGUUUAGUAGUGCAGAUGGUAGUCAUGGUGCGCAACCCGCAAAUUAUUUGAUCGACUACAAGAAGGACUUUUUCAGCAAGCAGGCAUUUCUCACAGUGAGUGGUCAGUUGUCCCUAGAGAAUUUGUGUUCCUCCAUGGGAGAUGUGUACACCUUCGGACCCACUUUCCGAGCAGAAAAUUCACACACGUCGAGACAUCUAGCAGAGUUUUGGAUGAUAGAACCCGAGAUAGCCUUCGCAGAUCUGUACGACAAUAUGGAGUUGGCCGAGUCAUACAUUAAGUACUGCAUCGGGUAUGUGCUCAACAACCACUUUGAUGAUAUAUAUUACUUUGAGGAAAAUGUGGAGAAGGGUCUAAUCAGUCGACUAAGAAAUGUAUUGAAUGAAGCUUUUGCAAAAAUAACCUACACAAAUGUGAUAGACCUUCUUUUGCCUUACUCGGAAAAAUUUGAGGUGCCGGUCAAAUGGGGAAUGGAUUUACAAUCGGAGCACGAAAGGUUUGUAGCGGAACAGAUUUUUAAAAAACCGGUUAUUGUGUAUAAUUACCCUAAGGACUUGAAAGCUUUUUAUAUGAAAUUAAAUGAGGACAAAAAAACAGUUGCCGCUAUGGAUGUGCUUGUACCAAAAAUUGGCGAAGUUAUUGGUGGCUCACAAAGGGAAGACAAUUUGGAAUUGCUAGACAAAAUGAUUAUUGAAAAGAAGCUAAAUAUGGAGAGCUACUGGUGGUACCGGCAGCUGCGUAAAUUCGGGUCUCACCCGCACGCCGGCUUCGGCCUGGGGUUCGAGCGACUCAUUAUGCUCGUCACCGGGGUCGACAACAUUAAGGACACCAUCCCCUUUCCGCGGUACCCUGGCCACGCAGAGUUCUGA